GAGGGGGUGGAGUGUAGAUUCUCGAAAGGAUCUACAGGGGCUAGUCAGUUGGUUGAAAGAAUCUGGAAAGAGUCCUGAGGGAGACUGAUGGUGCUCCUGUUGCCUCUCAUCGUUGUAUUAAUGGUGAAGCACAGCGAUGCUCGGACUCACUCUCUGAGAUAUUUUCGCCUGGGUGUUUCGGAUCCUGGCCAUGGGAUCCCUGAAUUUAUUUCAGUUGGCUAUGUGGACUCUCACCCUAUCACCACAUAUGACAGCGUCACUCGGAAGAAGGAGCCCCGGGCCCCAUGGAUGGCGGAGAACCUUGCGCCCGAUCACUGGGAGAGGUACACCCAGCUGCUGAGGGGCUGGCAGCAGACGUUCCGGGUGGAGCUGAAGCACCUGCAGAGUCAUUACAAUCACUCAGGUGGGUUUCACACUUACCAGAGAAUGAUUGGCUGUGAGUUGCUGGAGGAUGGCAGCACCACAGGAUUUCUCCAAUAUGCGUAUGAUGGACAGGAUUUCAUCACCUUCCAAAAAGACACUCUCUCCUGGACAGCCGUAGACAGUGUGGCUCAAAUCACCAAGCGGGCAUGGGAGGCCAACCGGCAUGAGUUACAAUAUCAAAAGAAUUGGCUGGAAACAGAAUGUAUUGCCUGGUUAAAGAGAUUCCUGGAGUAUGGGAAAGAUACCCUACAAAGGACAGAGCCCCCACUGAUCAAAGUAAAUCGCAAAGAAACUUCUCCAGGGAUUACAACUCUCUUCUGCAGAGCUCAUGGUUUUUACCCCCCAGAGAUUUCCAUGACCUGGAUGAAAAAUGGGGAAGAAAUUAUCCAAGAAAUUGAUUAUGGAGACAUUCUUCCCAGUGGGGAUGGAACCUAUCAGACAUGGAUAUCAAUUGAGAUAGAUUCUCAGGACAGCAAUAUUUACUCCUGUCACGUGGAGCACUGUGACCUCCACAUGGUUCUUCAGGUCCCCAGAGAAUUGGAAAUUAUCCCUCUGGUGAUGAAAGCCAUCUCUGGGUCCAUUGUCCUUGUCAUUGUCUUGGCUGGAGUUGGCAUCCUAGCCUGGAAAAGACGGCACCGAGAGCAAAAGGGAAUCAUCUACCUUCCUACACCGAAUCAAUGAUUGAAGAUCCUCCUGCUAUUGACUGAAUUGUGUCCCCCGCCAAAAUUUGUGUUAACUUGGCUAGUCCAUGAUUCCCAGUAUUGUGCAGUUGUCUACCAUUUUGUCAUCUGGUGUGAUUUUCCUAUGUGUUGUAAAUCCUACCUCUAUGAUGUUAAUGAGGUGGGGUUAGCUGCAGUUAUGUUAAUGAGGCAGAACCCAAUCUACAGGAUGAGGUGUGUCUUAAGUCAAUCUCUUUUGAGGUAUAAAAGAGAGAAGCCAGCAGAGAGACAUAAGGGACCUCAUAGCACCAAGAAAGUAGAGCCAGGAGCACACGUCCUUUGGACCAGGGUCCCUGUGCUGAGAAGCUCCUAGAGUAGGGUUAACCUGAUGACAAGGACCUUCCUCCAGAGCUGACAGAGAAAAAAAGCCUUACCCUGAGCUGAUGCCCUGAAUUUGGACUUCUAGCCUUCUAGACUGUGAGAGAAUAAAUUUCUCUUUGUUAAAGCCA